AUGGCCAUGUCUGCCGAGGACCUCCUAGCCGAUCGCGCCCGCCGCCAUACCAGAGCUCUAUUUUGGGUGUGCUAUGCGCUCGACAAGGACAUCGCACUACGCUCUGGAAAGCCGCCUCUUCUCGUGGGUGAUUAUUGUGACAUGACGCUGCCACAGAGGGACGACCAAACUAGUUCAGGGCAACACAUUACUAGCAUUCAUGAGCUUCGACUCAGUAUCUUCAAGGAACAAGUCUAUCGCUUCCUCUACGCCCCCGGAGCCUUUGGCAUCCCGGACACUCAACAUUUGCUCCAGCUCCGCCACCUGGACGACGAACUCGAGAGUUGGCGUCUGCACAUCGCCUUUUAUGCGCCCAUAGCCGCCAUGUCCUUGUUCGUCAACAUCCUCAUCCAUCCGUUGGGAGAACGAGCCGACUCCGAUCUUGAACAUCUCACAAUGGCCGUGGGAGUCAUCCGCAGCAUACCACUGGGCAAUCUUUCCGCAGACGAUAUUGACUACGCGCAGACCAUGUGUGAUUUCAUGGUGGAGCUCAUUCGACUCGGCAAUUGCGCCAUUUGGAAGACCAAGAAGGAUGGGAGGUCCAGGUGUUCUUGA